UUCGUUUUCAGACGUUGCUCAACUAAGUUCCGCGCUGAGGAUAUUUAAAACCCGUGUGAAAUUUUUUUAAGGGCGUUCCAUUCGCAUAAAAAUUGUGUGUGUGAAUUUAUUGUUAAUUAAAUAAUUAAACUAUAAAAUAUUGUUGCUUUUUCAAGUGAACUAAAUUUAAUUGAAUUUUUUAUUAAAAAAAGAAAAUAUUUCAGUGAAAAAUUGUGUUCUUUUGCCUAUUGGAGUAAGUGAGAAAGGGAAAUCACAAUUAAACAUUUUUCUGGACUCGAAGGAAGGAAGACACAAACAAAAAAAAUAGCUUAAAACCCUCCUAGAAGACGAAUAUCAUCGAGGAGGAUUGGUGUGAAAAGGAAUAUCUCAUCUUUUAUUAUUUUGAAAAUCAAUUAAUGUGGUGGUGUUGGCUUUAAAUGGCCGACACUGGACAAUCUGUGAUAAAUCCUGGCGAUUGUCAACGAUCUAUGAUAAUGGAAGUUGCAGCAGAUACAACAACUUCGCAGCCAUCGACAGUAUCGCCGGUGCGUGCAUUAUCAGAGCCAGCGGAACAAUGUGAAGUGUCAUCGACCACAGAUGUUCCCAAUUCGAGUGGUGGGAGCGUGACUGGUGGCGCGGGAGGAGGAAAUGGCAAUAAAAAACAACAGCCAGCAGCACGUGCCGGUGGCGGUAGCGGUAGUGGAAGCGGUAGUGGUAGCGGUGGUGGUGGAGUAAGUAAAUUUCAUCAAUUCCGUGCCCCCCAGCAAUGUGUGCAGCAGAAGAAGAAAAUGUGGAACAAACGACAAAACAAGUGCCAUCACCUAAAGAACCACCACGUUCAGCAAUUACAACACCAACAUCAACAGCAGCAGCAGUCCGCAGUGAGCAAAGCAGACUUGGAGAACAUCCAAAACAUUAAGAACCAGAUUAGCCACCACAGACUGUCCCAGAUUGGGGUGUGUGCGGCGUGUGGUGUCGAAGCUGCGAAUAAUAACAGCCAGCAGACCAAGAAUCCAAAGCAGCAAGUCUAUAACAAGAAGAUGCUUGCACAUCGAGCAUGCAACGGCGGCGGUGGAGGCUGUAGUGCCUGCAAUGGUGUGGGCAAUGGUGGAAACGGUGCCCCAGCACUAGCCCAUCAUCCUAACUUUUGCUCGCGGACCAAGUUCUUUCUGUCAGACAAGAUACCACGCAAAGAAGUCAUCAUCCCGCCGACGAAAUUCCUUCUCGGCGGCAACAUCUCUGACCCACUAAAUUUGAAUAGCCUUCAGAAUGAGGCUAAUUCGUCGAAUAACAACACACCGGCAACGACCCCACGUCAAUCGCCAAUAACUACACCGCCAAAGGUCGAGGUUAUCAUUCCGCCAAAUAUACAUGACCCACUGCACUUGCUCGACCCCGUCGACACGAUGGAAUACGAGAAGCAACUAACCUCACCAAUGAAGCGGAAGUCGAAAUCAUCAAAAUCAAAGCACCGCAAUCGAAAGAAGAAAACAAAACGUAAGCGUUUGGAGUCAAUAAACUCGACAAUAGACGAUGGCGACAUAGAACGAUACACUGCCAUCAACAGCACAUUGGCGACUGAAUCAUUGACAAGUAGCUUCUCCGAUGGAGUACCUUCGGCUGGGGUUUCAGCUGCGACUGUGACUGCGACUGCUGCUCCUAAACAACUACAACAGCACAAUUCAUCGGCUGAAUUUGAUGACGAUGUAGGUGAGAGUAGUAUCAUCACUGUUGGCACAGCUGAAAUGAGUCGCUCUCGGGAGAGUAUGAGCGGCGGAGUCGCCGCCGUCGAAACAGCUUUCGAUGGUGUUGCUAUUGCUGUUGGCCAACAUUCACUCAUUUCUGUUGAUGGUGCAAAAGUGUUGCCAUCUACACUGCUGCCAACUUCUGUCAUUGGGACCAUUAACACCGAGGAGGCAUGCAACAACACCACCAACAGCACCAGCACCAGUACCACAAAUCCACCUGCAACUGGUGACCGCGAAAGUGUAAAAAAGGAUUUGCGACUGGAUUUGAGCGGAGUGGCUGAGUUGCAACAGCAGCAUUUUUUCAACCACCAUCAUCACAACAAUAGUUCGUCAAUAUGCAGCAGCAGCGGUGGUGGAAGCGUUGGCAGUUGUGGAGGUCGCAAACGUAAGGUCAGCGAGGGAGCCUGCUCUGCCAAGAACAAGUUUCGUCGUUUGGAUUCAAUGGACAAAAUCGUGAGUCCGGUUGUUCCUCAGCCUGGUGCAUGGAAACGACCACCUAGAUUGGUGCCGACUGGAGCCAGAAAAACUUCAAGACAUCGGUCAACUUCUGUGAGUGAAACAGAACUUCUCAGUCCAAUAGAUGAUUCAAAAACAAUAACUGAUACCGAUAGCAUUCGUGCAGAUACACCUGAAAUAGAUUCAGUAUCAAGGCAUAUGGACACUGCCUCCAUAGGUAGUCCUCAAAGCUCAGUGUCCGCCAACACCAACAAUCUCGACAACUCAUCGAUCGUUGAUAAAUCCUCUACGGUUCCCAAACAAGAAGCUAAAUCAUCACAUAACAACAAUAAAUUGCCAAAACUCCGACCAGAUACAGCAAAAUACCAAUAUGGCAACUAUGAUCGCUACUCGGGCUAUCGUCAUCUCAACGAAUUCAUGGAUGUUCGCCUGCAAGUGUUCCAGCGUAAUGCUGAACUCUUCCGGGGGAAGGACAUCCUGGAUAUUGGUUGUAAUGUGGGUCACAUGACUAUUACUGUAGCAAGAAAUUUAGCACCAAAAUCAAUUUUAGGAAUUGAUAUCGAUAAGAAUCUAAUUGCCAGGGCAAGAAAGAACCUUUCGAUGUUUGUGAGAAUACCAUUAGUAAAAGAGGAGAAAUCCAAAAAGCUCGUUCCAAAAGAAGAAAAAGAAGACGAACAAAAAGAAGCCCCAAUAAAAGAGGACGAACAAGAGGAAGAUUCUCAAAAGACCACCACUACCAAGCAACAAAACAAAAGACGAAAAAAUAAUCAAAAUCGUAAUCUGCAACAACAACAACAACUACAACACAAUCAUCAUCAUCGCCACUACCAUCACCAUCAUCAUGGUCAUCAUCAUUUUCAUCAUGGUUUCCCCAUGCAUCAUCCUCAUCUUCAAAAUGUUGAACCGCAGAAUUUAUUCCCAGUUUCAUUUCCCUUAACCUAUGGAGGUAUUCCAGAAGUCAACAGACAAUUCCAGUCCGAGAUUGAAUCGUCUUCAUCAUCAAGCUCGACAUUCACCGAAUUCCCAAAGAAUGUCUUCUUCCGGCAAACAAAUUACGUGCUCAAAGAGGAGGCAUUGCUUAACAAUGACACUCAGCAGUAUGAUUUGAUAGUGUGCCUGUCCGUCACUAAAUGGAUUCAUUUAAAUUUCGGUGAUAAUGGUCUGAAAAUAGCCUUCAAACGAAUGUUCAAUCAACUGCGUCCCGGAGGAAAACUUAUAUUAGAAGCUCAAAAUUGGGCCAGCUAUAAAAAGAAAAAAGAUUUAACGGAAACUAUUUAUAACAACUACCAGAACAUCGAGUUCUUCCCCAAUAAAUUCCAUGAGUAUUUGCUAAGUAAUGAAGUCGGAUUUAGUCAUAGCUAUACGCUGGGUGUUCCAAGACACAUGAGCAAGGGUUUUUGUCGACCAAUUCAGCUUUAUGCCAAAGGGGAUUUCACUCCCAAUCAUGUACGCUGGAGUGAUGCCUACAACCCACAAACUCCGUAUGAAGCAUAUCGUGGCAUUUAUGCUACAAUGCCACGUCAGCCACAUCCCAUGCCAAGCGCCUAUGACACGCCAUCUUGUGGUGGAAAUUCGGGCUCCUACAGUUGCCGACAAACGCCAAUGCAUCAGCCGACCUCUCAGUACUAUAACCCAUUGGAAACAGAUAGCUAUCUGCCCAGCUAUGACAUUGAAGUGCUAAAUCAACUCUACGUAUUCGCAUCACCUCUGUAUCAAACAGUGUGGUCGCCUCCGGCCAGCAUGCGGAAUUCUUCUUCGCAUACUCCGCUCUUUGGCAGCGUGCGUGAAAUCGAGAACGAAGAAGGAGGCGGCGGUUCGAGCUUCCACCGUCACGUUUACCCACCAAACGAUGAGACCUCAUCACCAAACGCCAACGGCGCCUUCAAUAGCAUACGUGACGCGGACACCGAUGAUUCUCAAACAAACUCUGCCGUACAACAUGUUUAUGCCAACUGUGAAAGCUCUUCGUCGCCGCAUGUAAACGAUUCGGAGACCCAGGAUGGUCUGGAAGAAGUGGCUGCUGUUCCCCCCAAUAGGCCCACAUAUGAGCCAAAUGGCGGCUGCUGUGACUCUAACGAGUCUUAAAUUGUUUUCUAUACCUAAGUGUAUAUUUAUUUUAAUGAAACGUGUUAUAUAUUUUAAGAAAUAAUAAUUUUAUUAUUUUAUUGAAUAGAAACAAGGAAACUUAUAUACACACACGUAAAAUACAAUUUUAAAUAUACAUAUAUAAGCAACCGUAUACAUAUGUAUGUAUGAGAAAAAAAAAUGAAAUAACUUAUAAGAAACUAAAUUUAUAUUAAAAAACAACAAUUUUUUUAAAUUAAAUCUGUGAUUUGAAUUUAUGAAACAUUAAAAACGGAAAAAAUAAACAAAAAAUUGUAAAAAGUUAAAAGUAAAAAGAAUUAAUAUAAAAAUAAUUAUAGUAUGCAAAAAGUUGAAUAAAAUACAACACAUUUUUAUUUAAAAUAAAAA